AUGAACAUGCACCAAAACUCUCACGAUGCUCUCUACUGUGGAGAAGGAAAUCAGAUCAGAAACAGACCAAGUAUUAAAGUACGAGAGGCACCUGGAGGUAGUACAGCCUACAACUUUAUAACUGGAGAAACGAAAGAAGUUGGAUCAAGUCAACGAAGCGGCGUAGUUUCAAGCACACCACAAUCCCCACAGACGAACAAUAGAAAUCCAAGAAAACCGCAACAAGAGGUUACUGGCAAAAUUGGUUCAACUUCCUCUGUACAAGUAGCUCAAUCAAAUGCAAACACCGCAACCUCUCAUCCAUUGCCUCAACAUUCUCAUCAGCAACAAGAUUCUUCUUUGUUUUGCUCCGAGGGCAAUCAAAUUAGAUCUAGACCAAGUGUUAGGGUAGCCCCUCAAAAGAAAGACAACAUCAGUUUUUACUAG